AAUGACAAAUGGGAAAAUAGCAUCAUGUCAUCCGUCCGCCGCCGAAAUAAAUCCAAAAGAGAGAAAAGUGCGGCAGAUAAACGACGGAAACGCGACGGCGAGGAGCACAGGCGGCUUUCUGUGCGGGUUUUGUUCCGGAAUUGCGAGAGAGGGGCGGAGACGGAAUAUUUAUAUGAGCCGUGAUUGACAGCUCCUGUUUCUCCAAUGCUCCCAGAAACUCGCCUGCUCCUUCCAGCAACUCUUCACUCUCCACUCCCGAGCACUACAAACAAACGGACGCUAGGGGAUCUUCAUGACGGCACUCUGCUGAUCGCUCCUCUUCUGCGCUUUUAUUUGUUUUCUUUUAUUAGUUUAUCCCUGCGCGCGCUGGUUAAAUGCGCUGAUUGCAUCGAUCAGCCCGUUCUCUGCCCUCCCGCGUUCCUGUUCUGGAGAAGCUGUAAUAAUGUCCUAUCCUCAGGGUUACCUCUACCAGCCCCCGGGCUCCCUGGCGCUCUACUCCUGUCCGCUGGCCGCCCCGAGGAGCGAGGAGCUGGCCCGGUCCUCGUCCGGUUCAGCGUUCAGCCCGUACCCCGGAUCUGCGGCGUUCACAGCCUCGGCCAACGCUUUCUCCAGCCCUCUGCCCUACUCCACAGAUCCAGCCACGGGAUUCCCGUCCUACAUGGGCUCCCCGUAUGACGCGCACACCACGGGAAUGGCAGGAGCCAUCAGUUAUCACCCGUACGGGAGUCCCGGUUACCCGUACCAGCUCAACGACCCGGCGUACCGGAAGAACGCCACGCGGGACGCGACGGCGACGCUAAAAGCGUGGCUCCAGGAACACAGGAAAAAUCCUUAUCCCACGAAAGGAGAGAAGAUCAUGCUGGCCAUCAUCACCAAGAUGACCCUCACGCAGGUGUCCACCUGGUUCGCCAACGCCAGAAGAAGACUCAAGAAGGAGAACAAGAUGACAUGGGCACCACGGAACAAAAGUGAGGAUGAGGACGAGGAGGACGGCGAUGGGGAGAGAAAAGACGAGCGCACGGAUAAAAACACGGACAACAGUGAAGCGUCUGCUGAGGACGAAGGCAUCAGUUUGAACCUGACAGAUCGCUCGUGCUCGGUAGAAUCUGACGGAGAGAAGGUCAUGUGCAGAACCGGAGACCGGGUUUGUGAUUCUGGACCCGAUAUCAAGGACAAAUGCGACUCUGGUGAUCUGGACACGGGACGCGAGGACAGGCAGAGAGCCCCGUCACCCGAGCCGCUGACCUCCUCCCCUCUGACCGCGGUGGAGGCCCCUCUCUUGACCCAUCAUCACCGAGUGAACAGCACCAACAAAACAUGUCUGGACGGUCAAAACCAAAGCGUCAAGCCUAAGCUGUGGUCAUUAGCCGAGAUCGCCACUUCGGACCCAAAGCAGCAGCAGAACUGUCCCCCGGGCGUUGGUCUUUUGACCUCCCCGGCGUCCAGCGCGUCUCCAGCGGGCGCAGUGUACCCCGCCACCUCUAUAUUAGGAAGACCGCUUUAUUACACCUCGCCGUUUUAUAGUAGGCCUAAUUACACAAACUAUGGCAACUUCAGCCCGCUGCAGGGCCAAGGGAUACUGCGCUAUAAUUCAGCUGCUGAGGGACUCCUCCGAGCCGAGCCUGUGCUGAAGACCAGUCCAAACCAGACUGAGCAGCACUUCAGGGCCUCCAACGCAGACUCCAAAAAAGACCCCAGCGAGGUGUUCACAGUAAGAGCCCAGUCAUACCUGUCGAGUUAAAGACGGGGAAGAUCUUCAAGUAGGUGUCACAAUUGCUUUGAACAAAGCGAACAAGCCAUCACCCCCCCCCCCCCCCCAUGCUGUUUGAAACUAACAUUUGCUCUUCCGCGGAUCUUUAUGUGUGCCACUGUACACCCACGGACUACAGAGCACCUGCCUAUAGAACAAUAACACGUGCGAUUAUGGAAGAGAAAAUGAAAUUAUUUUUUUAAGGCACAAUAGUCAGUCUGGUUUGGGUGAACCGUUGUGUGACUGACUGAUGGAUGAAGUACUUUAUCCCAACACAUGUGACUUUUCGAUGAGGAGACGAUUUCUCAGGAUCCCUACAGUAGCUUCAUUGCCGCCAGUCGUGCACGCGCGUGGGACUCUCUAGACCUGUCAGACUGUCAGUGCUAGCAGUCGUGCACGCGCGUGGGACUCACAGUGCUCGAGGUGUGGAGUUAAACGAGAA